AUGCCACGGGUAAAUCCCGUUAACCAACAUGCAGAAAUUGAUUGUUUACCUGGGAUUUUAGAUGAUAUUUACGCUACCACCCCAAGACACAUUAAUGAAAGAAGUAGCACUCCGGAUCCUUUUGAACAUGUCUCUCAAAUGGAACUUUUCCUUCAUCCUCUUGAUCGGCUAGAUUGGCUAUCCGAUGCUACGGACAUCGGGAAUACUUGCACAUUGGACCAGCUGGAAAACCACUGUAACACGGUAGAUAUGCCGUCUACUAUCGAGAAUAUUGCUGUGAUAGGCAACUCUUCUAUUCCAAUAUGCCAAGACCAACAGCAACAUUUGAUGGUCCUAGGGGGCCCUAUUCGACAUGAAAGCUUGUUUGGAAAAUUCGAGGCCUUAUUUAAUAUGUAUGAUCAAAAUUUCUGUAUUGUUCCGCUGAGUGGAGAUAUACCGAGCAACCCCUUUCGAUGUCGUUUGGAGAUAUCCCAUGAACCCAAUGCUUUGAUGCAUGCGAUUUUAGCCGUAUCUUCAUACCAUGCUAGCAGGCAAGUUAGCAGUGACGACUAUUCACCAGUUAAUAUCGUCGACCAUCAGAACACUGCUAUUAAACUAUAUGAUGAAGAAAUCCUCAACUUUACGUUGUCGAAAGGGCCACAACUCCUCGACACAACAAUGUUAUUUUUCAUGUUCAAGGCAACGAAAUCUGCCUUUAGUAAUUGGGCAACAUCUAUUUCCAAUGCCUUGAGUCUUCUCAAAUUAUCAGGAGGGCCGGACUUUUGGGCAAACAACCGGAAAAUCCAAGCACAAGCUGUCCUGCUUUUGUGGUGGGACGCGACUAUAGCCUUGCUUUCAAGGCAACGAUGUCUGUUCCCAUAUUCCUAUUUUGAAGCUCUCUUGGCCCUGGAGGACGACAGGUACUGGAGCUUCUAUGACCUCAUCGGCUGCCCCAGAGAACUUGUUGUUCCUCUAAUGCAGCUAGCAAGCCUCGCCGAAGAAAAUGAAAAGGUUCUAUCAAUGCGCUGGGCCAAAUUUGACCUGACCAUUAUCGACGAGAUUCAGACCUCAAUCCUCAAUUGGAAGAAUUCGAGCCUCGAAAUCGACGACGGCUUAUCCGAGGAGCAAAUGCACCGACAGCGCGAUCGAUGGAAUUGCACCGAAGCGUGGAGAUAUGGCCUGUUAAUCUAUAUCACGCGAGUCUUUCUGUGGAACCGGAACACGAAGCCUUCUUCUUCUUCGAGACUUGCCAUUUACGGAAGAUUGAUUCUCGACCAUGUCAAUUCUUGCCGUCGGACUAGUAUAGUCCAAAAACAGGCCUUUUUCCCACUUUUUCUCGCUGGCUGUGAAAUGACGGAUCAGUUUUCGCGACAGAGUAUUCGAGAGUACUGUCAGUAUUGGGAUAGGUUCAGUGGGUAUAAUUUGUUUAGUACAGCGUCUUCAUUGCUUGAUGAGAUUUGGAUGGAGCAAGCUGGGCCUUGUGGUAAUUCGGUCUGGUGGGGGGAUGUCAUUGAUAGGAAACAACAAGCCCAUCAGUCGCAUGGAGCUCCUUUACAGUUUUGCUUUGGAUAG